AUGUGUGGAGUCUAUGCCGAAACUGAAUUGCAUCUCCUGGUGACUUGCCAAUUUGCUGGGUCCUGUUGGGAGGCGGCUGCUGUUGGAGAUGCUAGCAGAAAUAACUCUUCCCUGCUGUAUUGGUUGGAUUUCAACGCACACCGUAUGGACAGUGAGAAGCUAGGCCGACUUGUAAUGUUGUGUUGGGCUCUAUGGUCGGUAAGGAAUGAUUUAAUUUGGAAGGAUCGUGCUCGAAGUGUUAGUGAUGUAGUUGCAUUUGCGUUUUCAAGUCUUGAUCAAUAUGUAAAAGCUCAAGGUAAAGGUAACAUCCCUUUCUUGUCGCCUCUUAAAGAUGGUGAUGGUUCGGAGCUUUGGAAUAAACCGUUAACAGGCAUUAAGCUAAACGUAGAUGCGACUAUCUUCGAUCGUGAUUUUAAACACGGUUUUGGGUGUGUGGUGAGGAAUUCUAAUGGGGAGUUGAUCUCAGCGUUUGCUGGUGUGAAAAUUGGCAGAGUCUCCCCUGAACUAGCUGAAGCCAUUGGCAUUAGAGAGGCCCUCGGCUGGCUUAAAAAUCACGGAUACACACGGGCUGAGGUUGAGACAGAUAGCUUGGUUUGUGUUGAAGCUAUUCGGAGCAGAGCAAGCUUUACUUCAGGUUUCGGGUUGAUUGUAGAGGAUUGUAAGACCAUUCUUAAGAGUUUGAUAAAUGUCUCUAUAUUUUUUGUCAAGUGUUCUGCGAACCGUGCCGCGCAUUUUGUUGCCCAUCACUCUAUGUCUUUCGCUGAAUGUAUGUUUCCUAUUAAUAGGGUUCCCUUAGAGUUGUUGUCUAUCCUUUCGAGCGAUAGCUCUUCUUAA